AUGCUGUUCCUGCUGUCUCUGCUCGGGCUCCUGCAUUGGGUCCACGCCGUACCGACCCUGUCUGCGAAUGUGUCUGCGACUGCACGAACCCCUGUGCAGUUUGCAAUCACAUUGACGCAGUCGGAGGUAUACCAUGAUGGCUUCAAGAGGCCGGGUGGUAUUUUGAUGAAUGGUCAAUUCCCCGGUCCGAUGUUGGAACUGCGUCAAGGAGAUGAUGUCGAAUUCACGGUUUGGAAUCUUCUGCCGUAUGCGACUACGGUUCAUUUCCACGGAAUCGAUCAGCUAGGUACCCCGUGGUCCGAUGGUGUGCCGGGUGUGUCGCAGAAAGGCAUCCAGCCCGGAGAAUUCUUCGUAUACAAGUGGACAGCGACCCAGUAUGGAAGCUACUUUUACCAUGCACAUGAAAGAAGCCAUAUUGAAGAUGGCCUUGUUGGUCCUAUAUACAUCAAGCCGGCCGACUCCGUGGAGAGGCCCUUUGCGCUGAUCAGCAACGACUCAAACGAGCUCGAGGCCAUGCGGAAGGCAGAGGAAAAUACAAGACCACUUGUGCUAAGUGACUGGCGCCACUUGCCCUCCGAGCAGGUUUGGCAGGCAGAAGAAGCCACUGGGCUUGACGCAUUCUGUGCCAGUUCGCUCUUGAUCAACGGAAAGGGGUCCGUUAACUGCUUGUCGCGAGCGACAAUUGAUGAGUUUACAUCUCCUGCGCUGAAACAGCUGCUUAAUGGCACUCAGUUGACCGAUAUGGGAUGCAUUCCUCCAACUAUCGUCGCUACUCAAGGCCCAUACCCGCAUAACUUCAGUGCUAUACCACCUGGUCUAUUCUCUGGUUGUGAACCUACGGAAGGCAGUACGGAGAUUCUUACUGUUGAUCCCCAUGAUGGUUAUGUAAGCUGGGAUCUUAUCGGAGCGAACAGUCUGUUGAAUAUUGCCUUCUCCAUCGACGAACACCCUAUGUACAUAUAUGCCGUCGAUGGUCGAUACGUCGAGCCGCAGCUCGUGGACGCUGUGACAAUCACGAAUGGUCGACGAUUCUCGGUGCUCGUGAAGUUGGACAAGCCGGCUGGAGACUACACAGUCCGUUUUGUUGUCAAUGGUCUCAGCCAAAUGAUGAAUGGCAGCGCUAUCCUGACGUACGUCAACGCAGUGAAAACACAGAGCGGACCGUCUGAGCCAUACAUCAAUCUCGUCGGAUCCAAUGCCACUGCAGACGUCACUUUCCAGAACGAGUCUGCGAUGGUUCCCUUCCCUGUCGAGACACCUGCACAGACCGCUGAUCAAACCUUCAUCCUGAGUCUCAAUCACUACAAUGCUUCAUAUCGCUGGACACUCGGAAACAGCAGCUACCCGCUAUCUUUGGAGGAAUCGCAACCACUCCUCUUCUACCCAGACUCCCCAGCAGCUUACAAUGACCUGACCAUCCGCACCAAGAACGGCACCUGGGUCGAUUUCAUCUUCAAUGUGACCGGGCCUGUCCAGCCUCCACACCCUAUUCACAAGCAUUCUAAUAAAUUCUUCCUUCUCGGGUCCGGAGAAGGUGCAUGGACCUACGCCUCCGUCAGUGAGGCAAUGCAGCACAUCCCGCACAGUCUGAACCUCAAAAACCCGCCUUUGCUAGACACAUCUUACACACCCGCUGCGGCGACGGGACCAACAUGGAUGGCGAUCCGCUACCAGGUAACGAACCCCGGUGCAUUCCUCAUGCAUUGCCACAUCCAAGUGCAUCAGAGCGGCGGGAUGGCUCUUGCGAUCCUGGACGGUGUAGACGCAUGGCCGACUAUACCGCUUGAAUAUCAACUUCAUUCGUUGUAA